CAAGGUUCACAACAGCCAUAGCAACUGGAGAAGCAGGCUCCCAGUAGCCCAGCCCUUCAAACCCAGAUCUACCUAGGACAACCCACCUGCUUGGGUGCCAGCAACAAGUCUUUGCCCCAGGAUGGGGACCAUGUCCAGAGCAGCCUUGGUCUUGGCCUGUCUGGCUGUUACUUCUGUAGCCUCUGAGGGAGGCUCCGAGUCUCCAGGGCAGAGGGAGCUAGGCCCAGAGACCCUCACCUACCACAUUCAAGAAGUUGGCUAUGCAGCACCCCCCUCCCCACCCCGGACCCGAGCCCUCCCCAUGGACCAUCCUGACACCCAUCAGCGUGGCUCUGACUUUGAGGGACAGGGUGAAGUGCAGCCCCCUCGCUCUCUGGAAGCCAUCCCUAUCCAAGAGGAGGAGUUGCCUCCUCCCCAACUCCCUGUGGAAAACAAAGUGGACCCCCAUUUCCCUCAGGAAGCCAUCCCUCUCCAAGAAGAGCUCCCCCCUCCCCAGGACCCUGUUGAACAGAAGGAAAUAGAACCAUCUUUCCUACAUCAGGAGGAAAUGACCUUCCCAUCUAAGCAGAGAGAGGAAAAGCCAGCUCCUUUCAUGGAUCGUAGCUCCCCCGAGCCUGAGUCUUGGAAUCCAGCCCUGCACUGCCAGCAGGGCCGAUCCCGAGGGGGCUGGGGCCACCGGCUGGAUGGCUUCCCCCCUGGGCGGCCUUCUCCAGACAAUUUGGACCAGAUCUGCCUUCCUAAUCGUCAGCAUGUGGUGUAUGGCCCUUGGAACCUGCCACAGUCUGGCUUCUCCCACCUUACUCGCCAGGGUGAGACCCUCAAUUUGCUGGAGACUGGAUAUUCCCGCUGCUGCCGCUGUCACAGCCACACAAACCGCUUGGACUGUGCAAAACUCGUGUGGGAGGACGCAAUGACCCGAUUCUGUGAGGCCGAGUUCUCGGUCAAGACCCGACCCCACUGGUGCUGCAAACAGCAGGGGGAGGCUCGAUUCUCCUGCUUCCAGGAGGAAGCUCCCCGGCCACACUACCAGCUCCGGGCCUGCCCCAGCCACCAGCCUGGUAUCUCCUCGGGCCCCGAGCUGCCUUUCCCCCCCGGGGUACCCACACUGGACAAUGUCAAGAACAUCUGCCACCUAAGACGCUUCCGUUCUGUGCCACGCAACCUCCCAGCUACUGACCCCAUCCAAAGACAGCUGCAGGCAUUGACCCGGCUAGAGGGGGAGUUCCAGCGCUGUUGCCGGCAGGGGAACAACCACACCUGUACAUGGAAGGCCUGGGAGGAUGCCCUUGAUGGAUAUUGUGAUCAGGAACAGUCUGUCAAGACCCACCACCACUCGUGUUGCCACUACCCUCCUAGCCCUGUCCGUGAUGAGUGCUUUGCCCGUCGGGCUCCCUACCCCAACUAUGACCGGGACAUCUUGACUCUAGACCUCAGCCGAGUUACCCCUAACCUCAUGGGCCAUCUCUGUGGAAAUGGAAGAGUUCUCAGCAAGCAUAAACAAAUUCCUGGGCUGAUCCGGAACAUGACUGCCCACUGCUGUAACCUGCCGUUUCCAGAGCAGGCCUGCUGUGCUGAGGAGGAGAAGUUGGCCUUCAUUGAGGAUCUGUGUGGUCCCCGACAUAAUUUCUGGCGAGACUCUGCCCUCUGCUGUAACCUGAAUCCUGGAGAUGAACAGACCAACUGCUUCAACACUUACUAUCUGAGGAAUGUGGCUCUAGUGGCUGGAGACAGUGGGGAUGACAAGGGCCAGGGCAAGCAGGGCCAAGGGGGAAGAAGUAUCAGCCCCACCCCAGAGCCCAAGGAAGAGUGAGUCACCCCAGAGCCUUGGAUGAUCAGAUUGGGGGAACCCCACCCUCCUUGAGCACUCAUUACAGUAAACACCUCUUGGAUUUGGCAUCCUCAUUGUCUUUAGCAUCUCACAUACAAACACACCCUCCUAAGCCUGCUUGGAUUUUCUUCAGGGACUGGCCUCUGAGGCCCACUGCCCUGCCCCUUCUGACUGAGCAGAACUAUUCCACAGGCUAUGAUGGUACCAUAACUAAAUGUCUUAAUUUCA